GGCAAAAUAUCGCAUCCACAAACAUCAUACAGUGACGUAGAAUCAAACUGUCAAAAAUCAUGUUUUAAGAUUCUAGCUCUCCGCUCAGCAAUUUUUGGAAUAUCUUGAAUAAGAAGAGCAUUUAUUGCAAUUCAAGAGCAAAAAUCCUACUCUUUCACCUAGUAUUCACGCUCUCAACUCUCUAGGUUCUAUAAUCUUCUAGGUUAUAAUUGUACGUACACAGUUUGACUUAACGGCUCCUUAUGACUUUUGAGAAUGUGAUAUUUCGUCAGCGCUCAGCGGUAACCGGUUAACCUCAAUCAUGUUUAGUGUUCGUUUAUUGGACAGGUCUUAGUGAAGAUUAAGUGUAUAAGUGUUUAUUUUAAUUUAAAAUAAGUUUUCUCAGUUAAUUUUUCUUGCUUGUUAAUGUUUUAUGCUUGUCUUCUCUUAAUCAAUGAUAACACCAAUUUAUCAUCGUAUCACUGUGGUAUAAAUUUCAAAACAAAAGAGUGGUUAUACUAUGAUUAUUAGUCUUGUACUAUACGGUAAUAAUUAUAUAACGUUCAAUUUCCACAAAUAAUUAAAUAAAUGAACCGUCUAAUUAGUUUGAUAUUUUACGGCUCUGUAGUUGACAAUGUCGUACAAUCAACUUUUAUUACCAAUUAGUAGCUUAGUUUUUCCCCUCAGAAGAUCAUCAUCACAUUUUGUAAACUUGAAGUUGUACCGUUCUCUGUCACAUUCGCAUCUGAAUAGUUGGGAAGAACCAAUUGGGUUUGAUACUGGAAUCAAAGUUCAUCAUCCUCUCAGCAGAAAAAAAGUAAGACUGAUUUUGAAAAAUGAUGGCGUUGCUACCUGGUACGCUUGUGGUCCAACUGUUUAUGAUUCGGCUCAUAUUGGGCAUGCAAGUUGUUUCGUCAAAUUCGACAUAAUACAAAGGAUACUGCGAAAAUGGUUCGACAUAAAUGUGGUUACUGCCAUGUCAAUCACAGAUAUUGAUGAAAAAAUAAUCAAGAAAUCCCAGACUAGUGGCGAGGACUUGAGAACCAUAACACGUCACUAUGAGAUGGAAUUCUACGAUGAUCUGAACAGUUUGAAUGUGCGGAAGCCAAUAUUUUGUACAAGAGUUACCGAUUACAUGGCACAGAUAAUAUCAUUUGUAAAUACGAUUGUCAAUCAAGGAUGCGCUUACAGGGCUGAAGAUGGUUCGGUGUAUUUCGACACGUCAAAACUACCAAACUACGGCAAGCUGGUUUCAAUUCAUGAUACGGAAGAACCAAAUGAGGAAGCAAGUGAAUCCAACAAACACAAGAAAUCUGCCAAGGACUUUGCCCUAUGGAAAUGUAGGGAGAUGGAACCGUUCUGGGAGAGUCCCUGGGGCCGGGGUAUACCAGGAUGGCAUAUAGAGUGCUCAACUAUGGCUAGUGCUAUAUUUGGAUCGAACAUAGAUAUACAUUCAGGUGGCAUAGAUCUAAAAUUUCCCCACCAUGAAAACGAGGAAGCCCAGAGCUGUACUUAUCAUUCUUGUAAACAAUGGACCAAUUACUGGCUUCAUUCUGGUCACCUCCAAUUCAAGGGCGAUGAAAAAAUGUCAAGAUCGUUGAAGAAUGUCAUGAGUAUAUCUGAUAUGCUCGACAAAUACAGUGCUGAUCAAUUUCGAGUCCUGUGUCUGCUCUCACCCUACAGAAGGAGUAUUGAAUUUAGUGACGAAUCAAUGGUAAAAGCAAUCAAAAUUUGUAAAAAAAUUGAAGCGUUUUUGGGGAAAUGCAACGCUUAUAUUAAUGGACAGUUUGGACAUAAUGUGAUGGUUGACGAAUCGUCUCUAAUACAAGCUUUAAAAAAUACCAAAGCAGGGAUGCGAGCAUCGUUCUGUGAUGAUUUCAAUACUGCCAACGCGAUGACUGAUCUGAUGGACUUGAUCUCGCUCACCCAUAAGAAUUUAGACCAGGAAGUUCUCGAUGAGAAUCUGAAUCCAAUUACAGUUGGCAGUAGUCUGGCAGUUAUUGGAGCUGUUAGGAAUUUUGUGAUGGACACAAUACAUGAUUUGGGUCUCACCAUUGCUAAGCAAAAGGUGACUUCAGAAAUUUCUUCCAAUGCCGACUUGGGAAGUAAAGACCAGUUGAUCUCGAAUGUGAUUGAUCUUUCAGUUGGGUUUCGACGUGAUGUCAAAAACACAUUAGUGAAGAUGUCGUCUGAUAAUCUAAAAGAACAGAAAGGCGAGUUUAUAAUUAAUUCUUAG